AUGGGGAAUCUGAAUACUCCUAACUCCGGAGAAGGCACGACCGAUCCAGCUUUUGGGUCAGGCGUAGCCGGGGCAACGCGCGAAGGGGCCAAGAAUCCGCAGGUCCACAACCUGGAGAAGAGUGAUUCCGAGCCAGAAUCUGAUAAGGAGACGACUGAAAAGAUAUCAGCGACAGAGUCCUCUAUGACUGCCUAUCCCGAGAAGAUGUUCUCCAAGAGAUUUGACGCCAUGCAGUCCAUGGUGGAACGCCUACCAGGAGUAGCUCCCCCAAUCCGAAGGAGUAACCCGGACUCCUACGCAGAUACCCCCUUCGUGGAAGGAAUCGCCUCAGUCGAGAUGCCUAGGAAAUUUUCCUUCCCCAGCAUAAAGAUGUACGACGGCACAUAUGACCCCGACGAUCAUAUCGUUCAAUACAAGGAACAGAUGCUCGCGGUUGCACUUCCAAAAGAAUCCCGCGAGGCUACAAUGUGCAAAGGCUUUGGCUCCACUCUGAUAGGACCUGCCCUACAAUGGUACAUCAACCUACCCACCAAGUCCAUAUCCUCUUUUACGAGCCUCAGCGACAAGUUUGUGGAGCAAUUCGCAAGUAGUAGGAGCCUGGAGAACACUUCAGACGGUCUAUACGAGAUUCUUCAGCAUCGGGUAGAACCCCUGCGAGAUUACAUAGCCUGCUUCAACCAAGCAAAGGUGGCAGUUCCCGAGUGCAGCAUUCCUACCGCGAUCUCUGCCUUCAAAAGGGGCCUGCUUCCAGACGGGGGCGUCUACAAAGAACUAACCAUGUAUCCCUGCAAGACCAUGGAAGACGUGUUAUCCCGGGCCUGGGCGCAAGUGAAGUGGGAAGAAGACGUCGCUAGCCGCACUAAGGCCCAGCCGAAGCAGGACCAAAAGUCGGCCCGAUCGGAUCAAGGAAAUCGGGAUGAAAGAUCCUCCCAAAGAGCGACCAAGGACUCCGGGAAUAGAAACCAGGGCAGGUUCCAGUACCGACCCCUGGAAAAGGAAGAAGGAAUGUCGGUAUCCACUUGGCCCGACAUCUCCCAUCUCUCGAUAUCCACACCGGAGCUAGUCAACGUCUUGAGGCACAUGUGCCAACAGGUCAAGUGGCCUCAAAAGAUGAAGGGGCAUCUCCGGGAAUUCCUCUCAGAAAAAGCCAAGAACCAUCUAAAUAAAGAGGUGCCGGCAAAAUCCGCUGGAGUUAUACCUGCCUCACCACCUCGCCAGGACCGAGUGAUCCAUGUCAUAUCCGGAGGUUCAGAGAUAAGCGGCGUGAGUCAUGCAGCUGCCAGGAAAAGCACCCGCAACGCCAAGCACGGCCUGGAGACGACCAAACCAAAGCGCUUGCUCCUAGGUACCGACGAAAUAGGCUUCACGGCUAAGGAUCAGGAGAAGAUCUUGGCUCCCCACCACGAUGCCCUGGUCAUCUCGCUCACCGUAGCAAACUGCUUGGGAAAAAGAAUACUAGUAGACAAUGGUAGCUCCAGCAACAUCAUCUUACAGACAGCUUACCAGUACCUAGGGCUGGAGGAGAGUGCCCUGACGCGCAAAAUAACUCCACUCAUCGGAUUCAGCGGCGAAGUCAAGCAAACAGCCGGAGAGGUCACUCUCCCAGUGUACGCUGAAAGGAUCAACAUGUCUACCAAGUUCCUGGUCGUCAACAGUCAAUCAGCAUACAACAUGAUCCUAGGAAGACCCUGGAUUCACGACAUGGGAGCAGUCCCUUCAACCCUUCAUCAAAUGGGGAAAUUCCCUACACCAUGGGGCAUCAGAAUAAUCAAAGGAGAUCAGGAGAAUUCUUGA